AUGUCAUAAAUUUAGCAAUAAAAUAGUAGAGCAGUACCAGAAGAAGUUAAGAAACUUCUUCAGUAAGUUAUUGGAAACAAAUAAACCAUCAUGAGUAUAGCUAUUGCAAGAAUAUUCACAGCUAGAUCAGAGGGAGAAUGGAUUUACUCAAAUCUUUAGGGAAUACUUUGUCUUGUUUGGGACAGAGAAAAAGAUAAUACACCUUUUUUAAGAUUAUUCGAUAUAGAAACAUUUGAUUUGCUUUUUGAAGCAGAAAUGUAUAUAGAUUUCCAUUUAAGCUACGCAUCUGUCAAUCCUACUUUUUACAUGUUUGAAUAUAUGAAUGCCUUUAUUGGUUUAUAAUUUAUUUCUGACUCGGAGGCAAGUUAAUUUAGUUUAAAAGUAAUGACUUAAUCGCUUAAAGAUGUCAAACCAGAAUAGAAUAUCUAACAACAGCAAUAGCCUAAAGAAAAAAAGAAAGAAGAAAAAGAGGGUCUGUUUGGUUUUCGUAAAGGAUUAAAAAAGAUUGUCAGCAAUUUAUUUUAAAAAGAUGGCAAACAUAAUUAAGAUGCUGAAAACAUUGAAAUUUCUAAGCCUAUAAGCUUUUAAAAGGUUACUUCUUUGCAAUUUAAUAUUAAAACAAAUUAAUUUGACUUCUCUAACUUAAACGAUGAGUGGAAAUAAAUCUUUUCACGUGCAGGUAUUCAGUAGUCAGACCUUUCAAACGAAGAAUUGGCUCCUAUAAUUUUUGAAUCAGUUAUUCGCUUUUAAUCUCACUAUGAAAACUAAAUAGAAAACAAGCAAAAGGAAUCUUAAUAAUAACAAUAAUAACCAAAUCAAUAAAGCAACAAUAAUACUUAGUCAACAAAAUAAUAAAACUAAACUAUAAAUGAAGCUUCAUAAAGCAUUCCAGUAGCACCAUAAAUUAAUAUGAAUAUACCACCUCCACCACCUAUGAAUUUAAAUAUUCCACCUCCACCUCCAAUUAAUAUACCAUCAGCUCCUGUCUUAGAUUUUAAUUCCUCUAUAAAGAACAAUAAUAUCCCAGCUGCUCCUGUUAUUCCAAAUAUAAAUGAUGAUAAAAAUCGUAUAAGCAUUUCGACACAAAAUAAAAACUUUGAUUCUUCUCAAGUAAUGAACAAAUCAUCGCUUUUAGACUAAAUUAAAACUGGUAACUUUUAACUAAAACAUGUAGAGGUAAACAAAAAAGAUAAUAAAGCUAAUCUCGAUAUAUCUUAAAUGGAUGAUUAAGCAUAAGAAAAUCUUACACUAUAUUUAUCAAAAUGUAUUGCUGAGAGAAGAAAAUAAAUUAGAAAGCACAAAUAUUCUUCAUCUGAAGAAAGUAACGAUAGUGAUGAUGAUGACGAUUGA